AUGUUUCAGAUUGAGACACGCGCUCCAUCCGCUGCUCAGCCUCGUGCUGUUCUGACUGACCGCAACGAGGUAAUCAACCAAGCUAUUGGAAGAUCGGCAGGUAUAAGCGAGAGACCCCAAGUCAGCCCUACGCGAGACCAUGGUAAAAGCGAACCAAUGCAUGUGCCGUAUGAUUCUUCCUACCCUGAAGACCAGGAAAAUUGGGAUUGGGGGUUCAUGAUUCCCAGCAAGCCACGUCCGCGAUCCAGAUACGCUGAAUUAUUCCGUCCUGAUUGGAUGAAGCGAGAUGUCAAUGAGGCACAGGUGAGUAAGUCAAUCGUUGAAGAUGUGGCGAAUGACGAAGAAGAAUUUUUCGACUGGUCCUCUUCACCACCAAGACCUGGAAGACGAGAGGCAGAGGAGGGACUGGAGAUAGAGAAUAUUGAAAGUGAGCUGCUGGACACGGAUGAGUUUCCCCUACGUCGUCCCAAUGAAUCCCAUGAGAAAUAUGUCUAUCGAGUGCUUAACCUAGAACUGGAUGAUGUCGAGGCAUAA